CCUCUGGAGCAUUGCACAGCAUAAAAACACAAACACUUUCGCCCUUAACAGAAGUAUGUUACGUAUGUGAGGACAGUGAACACGGAGCCGAAUUGUGUGGAGCUCGAGAACACAGCCAGAGGGAGGACCAUCAGUUACGCUCAAAAACCACGGGAUGACGGACAAAGACGUGGCCAGGGUAUUGUGGCGCCAGAUGGCGCUGGGCGCCAUGUUGCUGGCAUCUACGGCGAGCGGCCAGGCUGAGAACAAGUGGGUAUGGUCGGGCAACGCCAGGAGCAUCUCCGCCGGUGAGGCGCCGACGUACACCCGGGGCGAGGUGGGUCGACCCCCGUACAGGCCGCCAGCUCCGGUGUUCGAAACCAGUGAUUUCAACAACCCUCCGCCGUUCUUACAACCUUCCCGACCCAUACCCAGACCACCGAACACCUACCGCCCGAUUGACGUCACUCGUCCUGGAGGUCCAGGGAUAUUAAAUGGCCCAGACGGUCCACGACCUGGAGGUUCAGGGAUAUUAACUGGGCCCGUUCCGUCAUGGGAGCAACGUCCGGGUGACAAGUUCGCCUACAAGGAUUACGAACAUUGCAAAUGCGCAUAUGCAUUCAACUGCGCGUCUCCAGGAAUUAAGUUCGGGCACUGCGACACCGAGAAGCAGUACUGCUGCUACAACACGAAGCCAAAUUUCAACGGGAGGCCACCCGCAAACAGGGGCCCGGGUCUCGUCGAUACUUCGGUCAGACCAACGUAUGAGCGUCCCAUACUGAUCGGUCCUGGUGGUCCGACAGGAAUAGUCACUGAUGGCGGUCGUCCCUUUAAGCCUCCCGGAGGACCUUACAGACCCCUGGGAAGAGAAGACUUCGACGAAGAUUACGGACCGAACGGAAAACCGUAUCUUGGAUACGGGACAAUCAACGACCAGCGCUUCCCAAGGCCCCCAUACGAUCCGUACGAACGAAGUGCAAACAUUGAGGCGAAGAAAAACGGCAAGAAACUGUAAAUAUAAUCUGUAUUACUUUAUAUCCUAGUGGUAACUAUACAUACCACCCGCUUUAACAAUAAAUAACUUCACGUUUUGCCCACA